ACUCGUGGUGACAGGUGUGGACCAACCCUGCCUGGGGAGUGAGGCCCCUCGUCACUCCUGUUCGUGCCCCUGGAAGAGUCUGGGAGUAUCGUUCGGCUUCUGUCCUGGCCACAGGGAGAGUAGAAUAUUGUCUAACUGGAGUUAACUGUCGUUUUUCACUAUUCCCGCUGGGGAAGUACCGGGUGAUCUUUUUGUGUGGCUAACACUGGACGUCUUUAGGAGGUUUAGAGCAAAAUGGCUGGGACCGCCAAAAAGACUACAAGCUAUUUCCUGAGUGUGAAAUGUGGGCGAUUCUGCUCUCUUUGCUGAACUCGGUUAUUUCACAGACACUGAUGAGCUGCAAUUGGAAGCAGCAAAUGAGACGUAUGAAAACAAUUUUGAUCAUCUUGAUUUUGAUUUGGAUUUGAUGCCUUGGGAGUCAGACAUUUGGGACAUCAACAACCAAAUCUGUACAGUUAAAGAUAUUAAGGCAGAACCUCAGCCACUUUCUCCAGCCUCCUCAAGUUAUUCAGUCUCGUCUCCUCGGUCAGUGGACUCUUAUUCUUCAACUCAGCAUGUUCCUGAGGAGUUGGAUUUGUCUUCUAGUUCUCAGAUGUCUCCCCUUUCCUUAUAUGGUGAAAACUCUAAUAGUCCCUCUUCAGCAGAGCCACUGAAGGAAGAUAAGCCUGUCACUGGUCCUAGGAACAAGACUGAAAAUGGACUGACUCCAAAGAAAAAAAUUCAGGUGAAUUCAAAACCUUCAAUUCAGCCCAAGCCUUUAUUGCUUCCAGCAGCACCCAAGACUGAAACAAACUCCAGUGUUCCAGCAAAAACCAUCAUUAUUCAGACAGUACCAACGCUUAUGCCAUUGGCAAAGCAGCAACCAAUUAUCAGUUUACAACCUGCACCCACUAAAGGCCAGACGGUUUUGCUGUCUCAGCCUACUGUGGUACAACUUCAAGCACCUGGAGUUCUGCCCUCUGCUCAGCCAGUCCUUGCUGUUGCUGGGGGAGUCACACAGCUACCUAAUCACGUGGUGAAUGUGGUACCAGCCCCUUCGGCGAAUAGCCCAGUGAAUGGAAAACUUUCCGUGACUAAACCUGUCCUACAAAGUACCAUGAGAAAUGUCGGUUCAGAUAUUGCUGUGCUAAGGAGACAGCAACGUAUGAUAAAAAAUCGAGAAUCCGCUUGUCAGUCUCGCAAGAAGAAGAAAGAAUAUAUGCUAGGGUUAGAGGCGAGAUUAAAGGCUGCCCUUUCAGAAAACGAGCAACUGAAGAAAGAAAAUGGAACACUGAAGCGGCAGCUGGAUGAAGUUGUGUCAGAGAACGAGAGGCUUAAAGUCCCUAGUCCAAAGCGAAGAGUUGUCUGUGUGAUGAUAGUAUUGGCAUUUAUAAUACUGAACUAUGGACCUAUGAGCAUGUUGGAACAGGAUUCCAGGAGAAUGAACCCUAGUGUGAGCCCUGCAAAUCAAAGGAGGCACCUUCUAGGAUUUUCUGCUAAAGAGGCACAGGACACAUCAGAUGGUAUCAUCCAGAAAAACAGCUACAGCAAACUUCUUAGGAAUUUAAGAUACAAGGAAACAAAUUUUGUGCAUCCAUGUUUCAGAUAUGAUCAUUCUGUUUCAAAUGACAAAGCCCUGAUGGUGCUAACUGAAGAACCAUUGCUUUACAUUCCUCCACCUCCUUGUCAGCCCCUAAUUAACACAACAGAGUCUCUCAGGUUAAAUCAUGAACUUCGAGGAUGGGUUCAUAGACAUGAAGUAGAAAGGACCAAGUCAAGAAGAAUGACAAAUAAUCAACAGAAAACCCGUAUUCUUCAGGGUGCUCUGGAACAGGGCUCAAAUUCUCAGCUGAUGGCUGUUCAAUACACAGAAACCACUAGCAGUAUCAGGAACUCAGGGAGUGAGCUACAAGUGUAUUAUGCUUCACCCAGAAGUUAUCAAGACUUUUUUGAAGCCAUCCGCAGAAGGGGAGACACAUUUUAUGUUGUGUCAUUUCGAAGGGAUCACCUGCUGUUACCAGCUACCACCCAUAACAAGACCACAAGACCAAAAAUGUCAAUUGUGUUACCAGCAAUAAACAUAAAUGAGAAUGUGAUCAAUGGGCAGGACUACGAAGUGAUGAUGCAGAUUGACUGUCAGGUGAUGGACACCAGGAUCCUCCAUAUCAAAAGCUCAUCAGUUCCUCCUUACCUCCGAGAUCAGCAGAGGAAUCAAACCAACACCUUCUUUGGCUCCCCUCCCGCAGCCACAGAGGCAACCCACGUUGUCAGCACCAUCCCCGAGUCAUUACAAUAGCACCCUGCAGCUAUGCUGGAAAACUGAGCGUGGGACCCUGCCAGACUGAAGAGCAGGUGAGCAAAAUGCUGCUUUCUGCCUUGGUGGCAGGCAGAGAACUGUCUCGUACUAGAAUUCAAGGAGGAAAGAAGAAGAAAUAAAAGAAGCUGCUCCAUUUUUCAUCAUCUACCCAUCUAUUUGGAAAGCACUGGAAUUCAGACGCAAGAGAACAAUGUUUCUUCAGUGGCAAAUGUAGCCCUGCAUCCUCCAGUGUUACCUGGUGUAGAUUUUUUUUUCUGUACCUUUCUAAACCUCUCUUCCCUCUGUGAUGGUUUUGUGUUUAAACAGUCAUCUUCUUUUAAAUAAUAUCCACCUCUCCUUUUUGCCAUUUCACUUAUUGAUUUAUAAAGUGAAUUUUAUUUAAAGCUAUGCCACACAUGCAUGUUCAAA